UGGCUUUACAAAUGUGAUUUUUAGACUUUACAAAGUUGUCCUGCGGGCCGGAUUGGACCCUCUGGUGGGCAAGUUUUGGCCUGCGGGUCUCAUGUUUGACACCCCUGUUGCACAUAAUGUAUGACAUAUUUUCUAACUUUAAACAUUUAGGACAAACUAAAACAAGCUAAUUGUCACCCAGCACCUGUAAAGAGUUCCUCCUAAUGCAUCCAUUAGGCAGCGUUUAACGUCUCCGUGCACACAGUACAGUAGCAGUCAGUACCCAAACCUGCCAAUGACUUCAGACAGCUACUUGUAAUGAUGUAAAGAAGGAACUGUGUGGUUAAUGAGUAGCCGUGGCAACCUUUGCUCCUCUUUGGACUUGUCAAGCAAGUGCCAAGUAGCUGGGUGCUGUGCUCAACCUUCAGAGAAAGAGAAAUACAUGGAACAAGAUUUCUUUUGGGCUAGAUGCAAAGAAAAAGGACUGAGCUUCAAAUCACAGCGGGACUGUGAGGUCCAGAGAGUAAAACCUCAGAAUAUUCUGUGUGUUUGUUCACACAGAGAUGGCCAUGGUGCAGACCAAGUCUUCGAGAGAUAUCCUGGCAGAUCAAGGCAGUCCUCUCCUGCAGGAUCACGACAUCCUGCCUUUCUCCGGCUACCCCAGCAUGCAGUACCCGCCCAUGGAGCCCAGCAUGUCUUCCACUCCGUACUACUCCACUCAGAACUACUACCCUCAGUACAAUGGAGACGAGUGGUACUCGCACACGGGGAUCUACGAACUGAGGAAAGGACCCCUGGAGGGCAGCUAUGAAGCCGAGAUGGAGGACAGGUCCUCUGUUGUGCCGGUGGUGUGCAAGAGGACCCGGCACAUGUCGCAAGCUGGAAGGGUCAAAGGGGAGGAACUGUGUGUUGUGUGUGGAGACAAGGCCUCCGGAUAUCACUAUAACGCCCUGACCUGUGAGGGAUGUAAAGGUUUCUUCAGACGGAGCAUAACAAAGAACGCUGUGUACAAAUGCAAGAGUGGCGGCAACUGUGAGAUGGACAUGUACAUGCGCAGGAAAUGCCAGGAGUGCCGGCUGAGAAAGUGCAAGGAGAUGGGCAUGCUGGCAGAAUGCCUGCUGACGGAGAUCCAGUGUAAGUCAAAAAGACUGCGAAAGAACACCAAGUCCUCUCCUGGACAGUCGCCUGGAGACGAAGCAGAGGGAGGCGACAAUGCAGACAACAAACAGGUCACCUCAACCACCAAACUGUCAAAGGAAAAGGUUGAAAUCACCAAAGAGCAAUGGGCGCUCAUAAAGCUCAUCCUAGAUGCUUACAACAAACACCAAAUUCCUCAAGAUGUUGCCAAAAAACUGCUACAGGAACAGUACAGCGCCGAGGAAAACUUUCUACUGCUGACCGAGAUGGCAACAAGUCAAGUUCAAGUUUUGGUGGAGUUUACAAAAAGUAUUCCAGGCUUUCUGUCUCUGGAUCACGAGGAUCAGAUCGCUCUGCUGAAGGGCUCGGCUGUGGAGGCCAUGUUUCUGCGCUCGGCUCAGGUUUUCAGCAGAAAGAUGCCCAACGGACACUCAGAAGUUUUAGUGGAGAGGAUACGCAAGAGCGGUAUAUCAGAGGAAUUCAUCACCCCCAUGUUCAACUUUUAUAAAAGCAUCGGAGAACUCCACAUGGUGCCUGAGGAACAGGCUAUCCUCACCGCCAUAACCAUCCUGACGCCAGACCGACCUUAUGUGAAGGAUCAGCAGGCUGUCGAGACACUUCAGGAGCCGAUGCUGGACGUACUGAGGAAGCUUUGCGUCCUGCAGCAUCCACAGGAGCCGCAGUACUUUGCUCGUCUCCUGGGCCGCCUGACGGAGCUGCGAACACUCAACCACUACCACGCAGAGAUGCUCACAUCCUGGAGGAUGAACGACCACAAAUUCACCCCGCUGCUCUGUGAGAUCUGGGACGUGCAGUGACUCAGCGUUUCCAGCGAAGGAGGCGGUUUCACGGGGAUGAGGAGCCGAACAUUUCAACUUGCAAAAGACGACAUCGUGGCCCAGCUUCAGUGCAUAUUUAUACCGCAAAGAAAUGAGGACCUGGAAUUAAAAUCCUUGCCCCUGUUGUGCCUGAUCUCGAUGGCAUCAGUCAUGUUCUGCCAACGGUUUAGAGUUUGUGGUCACUGUACUGAUGGAUUUUCUUCAUGACUCACAUCAUCAUUAUUGUUAAUCAUGGCAGGGUUGUCAGGAUUUUGUUUUUUUCUAACUUCACGUAAAGCAUUUUGAUUAGUCAGACUAGUACAAACACUGGAACGUAUUCAAAGCCAAGAUGGUGCUCGUGAAAAAGAUUUGUAUGUUAUUUGUUAAUCUUCUCCUGUGUAGACCUCACCACAUGUAGAACACAAAAAAGGUAUUUCUCCCUCAAUAAACGACAGUGUUCUCAGCUUUUCAGUUAAGAGGUUUACAUAGGAGCAUUUUUCGUACGUGUUAGCCUGCAAAGAGGAUACAGUUAUUCAUAGAACUCAGAGACAACAUCUGGUACAUCCGGGAAAUUAAAAUCACCAUUUUUUAAACUUCAUCUCAAUAAACUCAGAGUUCAAAUUGCCAAAUGUUCCAAUAUUUAUAUCUAAGAGUUGUUUUAAUGUGUAUGAUAUACUGUAUAAUGGUCUAAUGUAUAAUUUGUGACAAAACCACACAAAAAUCAUUUUGUUUUUUAUGCUUUGUUUAUUCCCACAGUUAACUAAAAACAAAAGCACCUCAAAUUAUAGGACCAUAACUAUGUUUUUGCAUGUUUUAGCCAAUUUGUAAUAGACAAUAAAGAAUAUUUAACAUUG